AUGGUGAUAUCUGGUGCGGACUCCACCGAGUUUGCCCUCAAAUGCGCCACUCUCUUCUGCCGGCCGCAGUUCGCAGUGAGAGCCGCUCUCAUCUUCUCCGACUGUGCUGGCAGCCGCCACAAGGAGAAUGUGGAGGACGCUGCUGUGGAGGAGGUAAGGAACCGGCUGGCUGGGGGGGAGGGGAGUGUGGAGGGGAGUGGAGUGCAGGAUCGAGGGAAGCAAGCAGUGGAUCCAGACGCAAUGGCAACAGCUCCUGCUGCUCCUGCUGGUGCUGGGUCUGGUGCUGCAGCCAGUGGGUCUGGUGCUGCAGCCAGUGGGUCUGGUGCUGCAGCCAGUGGGUCUGGUGCUGCAGCCAGUGGGUCUGGUGCUGCAGCCAGUGGGUCUGGCGCUGCAGCCAGUGGGUCUGGUGCUGCAAGCGGCGCCGGCCUUGUCCCGGUGAACAGUAAUGCGGUGGUGGCACUGUUCACUUACCGAGUCACCUGCGUGCUGCGAUGGGUGCGACUCUACGGGUUCAAGGUCAACCCCGCAGACGCCUGCACCCAGCACUACAUGAAAGAUCCAGGCCCUUCUCUUCCCCACCAAAUUCACGACCUCCCGAACCUGUUGCUCAGGUUCGGCGCCGUGCCAAAGCCGGCAGCUUCGCCAGGCCUGGAAGGCUCGGCAACGAUGGGCUGGAAGGAGUUUCCGGAGGGGGACAGGGCGACAGUGGCGGCAAAUUUGGAAGAUCCUGGGGAGUUUAUUGGACUCAAGACCUUCCAGGUGGGGGCAUUUCAGGGCGGUGAGUUGGACAGGGAGGAGCUGAAGGAGUACAACGUGAGGGAGCUCAACAUGCCCCUCCCAGGUACCUCCCUCGCUGCCUCGCCCAAUUUCACAGGCACUCUGCGCAACAACUCGAGCGGCCCCUUCUUCCCCACACUGGGCCACCGCGUGGAGGAGUUUCUGAGAAGGUUCGCCCCUGCAAGGCUGGCAAGGGAGGGCAGGAACGGUCCUCUGGCCCGAGCUAUCACCUCCUGGGCUAGCUGCAUGGACCUGAAGGAUCGAACCUGGGCUGCUCUGGCUCUGGGGCCGUUCGCAGAGGGCAAGAUCGAGCCCAUCCUACGGUCCAGAACCGAGGAUACAAUCACUCUCUCCUCACUCGCCGCAAACUUCGCCUACCGCCCCUCGUCCGCGCUGCUGCACUGCAUCCUCUCGCUCUUUCCGCCCCGCUCAGCGCGCUUCAGAAGCUUCCUGGAAUCCCUGCACGUGGCGCCGAUCCCUGCGGUGGUCCCGGACUCGCUUUUGGCGCCGCUGCUGGAAGGCGUGAUGGAGGAGCUUCGGCUGUUGUUUCUGUUUUGCGGCAUUAAGCUCCUUGGGGAGGAGAGGAAGGUAACAAGCAUUCUCGAGCCUGUCGUGGACAGCUGGCGGCGGGCGACUUUUAUGGCGUGGCCUGCUGUGGAGGGCCUUGGUGAGGCGGGGGUGGCUGAUGGUGAGGGGGAUGGGUUGGAGGAGUGCUGUGCGGCCAUGAAGCGCGUGCAACAGGAGGAGAAGGUCAUGGCGGAGGCACGUAGGCAAGCGGUGAGUGACUCUGUCAUUGCUGCCGAUGGUGCUACGAGUGGAGAUGCGUAUGAGGGAGGGGAAGGCCCAGAAGGGGGAGAGAGUGGGGAGGGGCGGAGGGGAAUGCAGGGGCGUGGUACCUGGGGCCGUGGCCCGGGGGGGUGA